AUGAACUCCAAUUCCAUGAUGCCUACACUGUAUGUGGGUGAUCUGCACCCUAAGGUGACGGAGCCCAUGAUUAAGGAGAAAUUCAGCACUGCAGGAUUCAUUCACUCCAUCCGUCUCUGUAGGGACAAAAAGACCGGCUCCUCCCUCUGCUAUGCUUUUGUCAACUUCAAACAUCAAGCUGAUGCUGAGCAAGCAGUGGAAAUGUACAAUUUUAAACCCCUUAUGGGGCGGCCCAUGCGUGUCGUGUGGUAUCAGAGAGAUCCGGCUCUGAGGAAGAGCUGCGUAGGAAAACUGAUCAUAAAAAACCUGGACAAGUCUGUGGACAACGUGACCCUUUUUGAAACCUUCUCUGUGUUUGGGAAGGUUCUGUCAUGCAAGGUUGUUGCUAAUAACAAGGGCUCAAAAGGGUUUGGCUUUGUCCAGUUUGAGUCUGAGGAGGCAGCGAGUAAAGCGAUGAAGGAGCUCAACAGCAAAUAUCUAAAAAACCGAAAAGUGUUCAUUGAGCGUUUUAAGCCCCGUGAGGAGCGUAAGGCCGAGGAGAUGAACAGCAAGCAGGUGCAUGUGGGCCAAGAGCAGACUAAAGAAGAGGGACGGACCCACCACAAUCAGAAAACUGAACAAGUAAACGCACACACAUACAUACUGUACAAGGGUGUGGGACUCAUCAUCAAGAACCUUGAUCAGCAGGUGGAUGAUAAACAUCUGCGCACAGAGUUCGCACAAUUUGGCACCGUCAUCAGUGCAAAGGUGAAGAAGGAGAACGGCCACUCACAAGGAUUUGGAUUUGUGCGCUUUGUGUCUUCUGUGGAUGCCAAGAAGGCAAAACAGGAGAUGGACGGCAGAAUGUGGGGCAGGAAGAUGGUCCAUGUGGAAAUGGUUCAGCACAAAGAGGAGCGCAAGGCUUACCUUCCUCAUCAGACAAAAGGCACCAUUAAAUCAUCAACCCGUCAUGUGCCAAGUGCCGUCCACACUGUUGCUGUAGUGGACACAGUCCCAGUUGUAGUUCCAGCUGCAGAUGAAGCUUCCUCUACACCUGCGGCAUCAGUGAGUGAAGUGCAGCAGGAAGAGGACACAACAGAUGUACCCACAUAUUCACCAGCUGGGAAACAUUUAACAAGCUACAUGCAGGAAUCGGCUCCAGUAGAUGACCAGAUCCAAAUAGCGUUCGAAAUGAACUCCGAUUCCAUGAUGCCUACACUGUAUGUGGGUGAUCUGCACCCUAAGGUGACGGAGCCCAUGAUUAAGGAGAAAUUCAGCACUGCAGGAUUCAUUCACUCCAUCCGUCUCUGUAGGGACAAAAAGACCGGCUCCUCCCUCUGUUAUGCUUUUGUCAAAUUUAAACAUAAAGCUGAUGCUGAGCAAGCAGUGGAAAUGUACAAUUUUAAACCCCUUAUGGGGCGGCCCAUGCGUGUCGUGUGGUAUCAGAGAGAUCCGGCUCUGAGGAAGAGCUGCGUAGGAAAACUGAUCAUAAAAAACCUGGACAAGUCUGUGGACAACGUGACCCUUUUUGAAACCUUCUCUGUGUUUGGGAAGGUUCUGUCAUGCAAGGUUGUUGCUAAUAACAAGGGCUCAAAAGGGUUUGGCUUUGUCCAGUUUGAGUCUGAGGAGGCAGCGAGUAAAGCGAUGAAGGAGCUCAACAGCAAAUAUCUAAAAAACCGAAAAGUGUUCAUUGAGCAUUUUAAGCCCCGUGAGGAGCGUAAGGCCGAGGAGAUGAACAGCAAGCAGGGGCAUGUGGGCCAGGAGCAGACUAAAGAAGAGGGACGGACCCACCACAAUCAGAAAACUGAACAAGUAAACGCACACACAUACAUACUGUACAAGGGUGUGGGACUCAUCAUCAAGAACCUUGAUCAGCAUGUGGAUGAUAAACAUCUGCGCACAGAGUUUGCACAAUUUGGCACCGUCAUCAGUGCAAAGGUGAAGAAGGAGAACGGCCACUCACAAGGAUUUGGAUUUGUGCGCUUUGUGUCUUCUGUGGAUGCCAUGAAGGCAAAACAGGAGAUGGACGGCAGGAUAUGGGGCAGGAAGAUGGUCCAUGUGGAAAUGGUUCAGCACAAAGAGGAGCGCAAGGCUUACCUUCCUCGUCAGACAAAAGGCACCAUUAAAUCAUCAACCCGUCAUGUGCCAAGUGCCGUCCACACUGUUCCUGUAGUGGACACAGUCCCAGUUGUAGUUCCAGCUGCAGAUGAAGCUUCCUCUACACCUGCGGCAUCAGUGAGUGAAGUGCAGCAGGAAGAGGACACAACAACUGAAAACAUCUACAAGCACCUGCUAUCAACUCCUCUUGCUUUUUGA